CCGCCGCGGGAGCUUCGGGGUCUCCGGCGCGAGAGCUUCCUGCCGCGCCAUGAGCUGCAUCAACCUGCCCACCGUGCUGCCCGGCUCCCCCAGCAAGACGCGCGGGCAGAUCCAGGUCAUCCUCGGACCCAUGUUCUCAGGGAAGAGCACGGAGCUGAUGAGGCGGGUCCGCCGCUUCCAGAUCGCCCAGUACAAGUGCCUGGUGAUCAAGUACGCCAAAGACACGCGCUACAGCAGCAACUUCUCCACCCAUGACCGGAACACCAUGGAGGCGCUGCCAGCCUGCCUGCUCCGGGAUGUGGCCCAAGAAUCCCAGGCCGUGGCUGUCAUAGGCAUCGAUGAAGGCCAGUUUUUCCCUGACAUCGUGGAGUUCAGCGAGGCCAUGGCCAACGCCGGGAAGACGGUGAUCGUGGCCGCGCUGGAUGGCACCUUCCAGCGGAAGGCCUUCGGGAGCAUCCUGAGCCUGGUGCCGCUGGCCGAGAGCGUGGUGAAGCUGACGGCCGUGUGCAUGGAGUGCUUCCGGGAGGCCGCCUACACCAAGCGGCUGGGCACCGAGAAGGAGGUAGCGCCCCCUGCCUGCUGGGGGUUUGGGGGGCUGUGCUCGACCCGGCUCUGUCCCCUGCUGCUCUGCCCUGUGGCCAAUGCCGCCCUGUCCCGUGGCCAGGUUGAGGUGAUCGGCGGGGCAGACAAGUACCACUCCGUGUGCCGCCUCUGCUACUUCAAGAAGCCCUCGGCCCCGCCCGCCGCGCUGGACAGUGGCGACAACAAAGAGAACUGCCCCGUGCUGGGGAGGCCAGGGGAGGCCACUGGGGCCAGGAAGCUGUUCGCCGCCCACCAGAUCCUGCAGUGUGGCCCUGCCCACUGAGGCGGCAGCGGACCCCAGCGCACCGGCUUCCCUUCCUGUGGCCGCCCCUGGCUGUGCCCCCCCCCACCCCACCCCCCGCCAAAGAGGAAGUCCGGGGAUGAGGUCCGCACGGGACUUACGGCUUCCGCCUCCCCGGCCUUGCUCACUUCCCAGCUGCUGCUCCCCUCACCCUGCACCCUGCGCAGAGCUGCCAGCCUGUGGCUGGGGUCUGGCCGCCGACAGCCCCCUCCUCCCCCGGGGUGAGGGGCAGAGCCGGGGGCUGCAGUGAUGCGGGCGCCCGGCUGCUUCCCCCUUGUGGCUUUCGCUGCAAGUUUCUGUUCUCACUGGGAAGUCCACGCACCAGCACUUCUGCUCAGCGCCCAGCCUCAUCCGGCGAGGGCUCCCGUCCUUCUGCCCCAGCGACUCCCCGCCAGCGGACGGCUGCACCUGUGCCCGCCACUUCCCUGCACACUGACGCCUUCCUGCUCUGCCGUCCCCUCCAGGACGGUCCACCUGGUGGGGCUCAGAUCCCGGGGGCCUCUCCUGGGGAGCAGGGGUUAAGACGCAGCCCUGUGAAGCUGUCCGCAGCCACUGCGGCAGAGUUCGAUCCCUGACCAGGGAGCUGCCCACACGGCACAGCAGACCUCCUGUGUCCCCGCUGCUCCCCUCAGCAGUGGAUUUCAGUCCGUCUGCCUGUUCUGUUCCCCGCUCUGCCUCUGGUGAAUCCCUGCACCCCCCGUACCUCUGGCUGCACCCCAGUUCUUGUGUGCAUAAAUAUUUAAAAAAAGUCAUUAAAGGGGACGGGGGGGCAGGAUGAUUGCUGCAAUGUGUGAAAUUUGUAUCUAAUGUUAAAAUCCAGUUCUCUUCAACUGCCUGGGAUUCCCCGGGUCUCACCGCUCUGAUGUGAUUUGGGUGGGGAUUUCUUUCCAGAUCUUUUUCUGAGCUGCUGACCUCGUAGCCACAUCUCUUUUUCACCGAGCCCAUGAAGCCCGUCCUCGGAGGCGCAUCACAGGCCCUCCCGCCCGGGGAGGGUCCGGGAAGCACGGCGGCUGAGCCAGGCUCAGGCUGGAAAGGCGGGGCCUCGGCUGGGGCUGUGAGGUCAGGUUUUGC